AUGCCCGACGGGUCUGGUCAGGGCGGUGGGAACGUUCAAUCCCGCAUUGUCGGGUACUAUGAAGCCUGGAAAGUUGAUGAUGUCUGUGCCGCCGUGAAUCUUGGCAUGAAAAACAUCCCGCUCGGGUCUCUUACUCACUUGAUCGUGUCGUUUGGGUACAUUACUCCCGACGACUUCAACAUAAAACCGAUGCCGGGAGUGUCAGGCGACACCCUCUCCGGAUUCACCGGCAUAAAAUCGGACAAUCCCAGCACAAAAAUCAUGAUCUCACUGGGCGGGUGGUCGUUCACAGACAAUGGAACAGACACACAAGAAGUCUUCACCAACGUGGUCAGCUCGCACAGUAAUCGCGAGAAAUUCAUCACCAACCUUCUAGGCUUCCUCUCGCACUAUGCAUUUGAUGGUGUCGACUUCGACUGGGAAUAUCCUGGUGCUCCAGACAGGGGCGGUCAUGAUGGCGAUGCUGAAGGCUACCUCCAAUUGCUUUCUGAGCUCCGGGUAGCCAUGGAUUUGGCAGGCGUUGACUAUGUCGUCUCCUUUACGGUUCCCACGUCAUACUAUUAUCUCUCAAAUUAUGGAACUCCUGUAGACUCGGUCUUUGGUAAUAUCUUGAAAAAGAUGACCACGUAUGCAGACAUGGUCAAUGUCAUGUCGUACGACUUGCACGGUACCUGGGAUGGUCCAAAGGACCAGAUCGGCAGCAUCGUUCUUGCACAUACGAAUCUGACCGAGAUCCAGCUAGCCUUUGACCUAUUCUGGCGAAAUGACAUCGACCCGGCAAAGCUGAACCUCGGGGUCGGUUUCUACGGCCGAAGCUACCAGCUCUCCAACCCGUCUUGCUCCCAGCCUGGGUGCCCCUUCGCCGGCGGGGCAGACGCCGGUCCCUGUACUCAAACUUCUGGAAUCCUUUCAUACAAGGAAAUCAUGAACAUCAUUGAUCAGAACUCCAUCACACCGAUAUGGGACGAAACAGAUGCUGUCAAGUAUAUCACCUGGGAUAACGACCAGUGGGUCAGCUUCGAUGACCAAGAGACAUUCCAGCAAAAGGUCAAGUGGGCUAAUGCGAAUGGCAUUGGCGGGUUGUCCAUUUGGGCUAUAGAUCAGGAUACCGAUGACCUUCAAGCCCUCCAAGGCCUGCUGUAUCCCAAGUCGCUGAACGCUUUUUAUGACAACACUACCGAUGCCAGCCAUUGGCAACAGGUGCAAAGUGGACAAUGGGCUAAUGGCGGGCACUCUACAGGUCGCUUGACGGAUUGUAACAACAGUCCCUACCAGGCGGACAAAUGCCAUUGGCAGGGCAAGCCAGGAAGUUGUUAUAACAAUGUCUGCGCGUUCGACACCGAGGUGCAGCUGGCGCAGUCGUACGAUGGAGGUGGCGACAAUUGCGGCAUUCAGUUGAGCAGAGACCGUGUUUUCUGCUGUACUGCGCCUGGAGGCGUCCAACCUUUCUUGCCUGUCCCGCUCGAAUACUUGUUCAAGGAUCCACCGACAGGCGACAACGUCGACGCAGAUUUCAAACUGAGUGUUGAUGACACCUGGGGCGGCACCAAGGUAGAAGGCGACGAUGACACGCCCAACGAUGCCGCAUUUGGCUUCUUUGUCAUGACGUCCCCGGAGGAGAUACAGGUUUCUCUGAAGAAGCGGGACGGUGCGCACUGGGAGGUUUUCGACUGCGACGAUGCCGUAAGCGAAGAGGUUCAGACGGUUCGCAUGUUUUGCAAUGAUGACUCGCCGGGUUCCAACUGUCACAAGAUAUACCUCGGACACGGCGUUCCGGGAACCAUCCUCGAGAUGCCAAAAGGCUGUGGUCCAGGUCCAUAUGCCGUCGCGAUUGACAUGGUCGUGUCCGAGCAUCAAACCAUUCCCGGCCACAUCGAGAAGCGCACCACGGAGCCAAACCCUGUUGUGUAUGAUCUGACUUUUGACUACGAUUUCCGUAGAGUACCGAGGGAUCUCGGCGACACGCAAUGGCGACUAGACUAUAGCAAUGAGGAGGGAUAUUGGGAUGCUGUUGUCGAUAGCCCUGGUCAGACCAGGCGGAAGCGAUCCUUCCCCGACUCUGGGCUGAAAGGUACACCCGGCAGUCACAAGCGCUGGCUGGAGGACUCGUGGCAUGAUGACAUGAAGGACCACCGUGCAGGAUUGAUGUCUCGCGAGGAGCUUCAUGCGAGAUGGUUUGGGAGCGAUGCUAUCGAGUGGCUGAAGGGCCUCUUCACCGUUGCGGUCGAGGCGCCGGCGAUCACGCACCAGAUCUCCGAGACGUUGAAUGUCAUCCUGCUAGAUGAGUCGUACCAGUGUACCAUCGCCGGAAUCGACACUGCUGCCAAGCUCCUGGUCCAGGCAUCUACCAGCGUCCAAAUCGACACGUCCUUUGGGUUGACCAUCGUCGCUACCCUGGGCAUACCCCCAGACCUGAGCCAAUCGUACAUGUACUUCAAAAACUCGGGCGAGGUCACCGCGCUCUUCACUAUCGAGGCGCUGGUCAGUGCCAAAUAUGAUACGCAUGACAUCGAGCUCUUCGGCCUGGAGAACUUUGGCGCUACCUUCUCCAUCCCAGGCAUUCUCACCGUCGGACCGAACUUCAAGAUCUAUGGAAGCGUCAAUUUCGACCUGGCCCUAAGCGGCAAAUUCCAGGCACAUGUAACCCUGGCCAAAUGGGAUACACAGCUCGGCUUCCCGGAGCUCGACAGUGAUGAUGAUCCGCAGGACAUUACCGACCCCAAUACAGACGGUACUCAGGAGAUCGGCAAGCCUGCAAUCGACUGGAGCAUCGACGCCAACGGACAGAUUACGGCACACAUCAAGCCGACCAUCAGCUUCGGCAUCGAAUUCAACAAGGCCUUCAUCAGUAUUGAUCCCGCCACGGUCAACAUCGUCGCCGACGGUUGGGUCCAGGCCUACGCUUCUGCGUCGUACGGAUCGUUCGAUCAGAGCUUCUGCUACGGUUCCAAUGCGGCCACCGAGCUAUAUGCCCAGAUCAACGUGCCCAAAUCCAUGGGAUGGCUGCUCCCUGGGGGCCAAUCCAAAUAUCCGAUCUGGACAUCGCCAACGUACGCCAUCAUCCCCCAGACAUGCUCCAGCUCGGAGCCCAACACCCGGCGAAACUAUCUCAGCAACAUCAGUGAUUGGGUCGAUAGUCUUCCCCGAGAGCUCGCUGAGCGUUACUCUCCAUCCAUAGGGAGGCGCGACAUCACGAUCGGUCCACUCGUGCACAUUCCGCAGCUCGCCUGCCCCGGCAACGCUGCUGACGAGGGCGGUACCGGAAACAUCUCCUCGUGUCCCGUGUGCGGCGAUAAUAGCGACGCCGACUCACAGGAGCCCGACAAACGCUGGCUCGGGAUACGAGACGACACUGUUUGCGAGCUCGAGGAAUACAUCGGCACGGACGACCAGAUCUCGUGCAACUAUGCCUCGAGCACUUCGAAGCGGACCAUCAUAGGUGUCUGGGACGGCGUCGCCAACGAGACAGUGACAGUUCUCGAGAAGCGCGUUGCCGAGAAGUCCGUGGGCGCCCUCGGGUAUGAGAUAUUUUUCGGCCAAUACGACGAAUGUAGCGACGCCAAGUCGUCCACCAUCGACAGGAACUACGUCUUCCAGAACAGCAAUGCUGCGUGUCUGGCGGACGUCGUAAAGCUGACCAACUCGGUCGUGAACCAGCGGAUGCCAGGUCUCCAGCUAGAGACUGAUCAUGUCUACGAGGCGCAGACGUUGGCUGCCUUCAUCGUCUGGCUGGCCGACAACGCCGCCCUCGGCACCUACCAGAAGCCAACAGCCGCAUGGGUGAUAGAGGUGAUCCUCGGACAAGGCGCCAACGGGUUUUUGCUCGUGUCCCCGGGGAACAACGGCUUGCGCACGCCGACUAACGGCGACCCGGUGCAGACGGUCAUGGCAUACGGCUUCGGCCGCUCCGACGGCGUCAUCGGGAACACGCGGCUGACCAAGGCCCGGGGCCAGCAAAGCCUCGCGCUGAUCCUCAAGGCGAUCAACGGCGCCAAGAACGUGUGGUUCGGCGGCGGCGCGCCCAACACGGUCUCGCAGAACGACAGGACGGUCAGCGCCGGGCGGCAGCGCAUCCGCAACGCGGCCUCGCCCUUCAAGUACCUCAACUACCAGCCCACCGACGGCUCGGAGGCCGUGUGGAACAAGUGGAUGCGCGUGUCCAACUGGAUCGACCUGGUCUGCUCCGUCUUCGACGCCCAGUACCCCUGGGGCCAGGCCAGAUACGCCGGCGAGCCGACCAACACGGCGGGCACGCCCAGCCUACGCGCCCUGUACGCCUACUUCAUCGACGCGCACCUGGCAUCCAUCGAGGCCACGGCGCGGCAGUGGGCCACGACGGCCAACAAUGACUUCAACACGUUCUACCCGCCGAGCAGCCCCAACGAGCAGAGCUGGGUGAACGCGGCGUUUGGAGCCAGCGGCUUCGCCACGGCGAAUGCGCUGCGGUUCCCGCGGCCGGGCGGGACAGGCCCGUCGCCGUAUGGAGCAUACGCAAACCAGCAGUUCACGCUGAACGGUGGUGGACAGCAAGUCAAUCUGGGGAAUCCUGGAGCAGUCUGA